AAACUCUAGGAUCUAAUUUGGGCAAUCAGUGAAACUCUGAUGUACUACUCUGCUUUUCCCUUCAGCCAACUACUAGAGUCCCUCCACUUGAAAAACUAGCAGAAGCGGCCAUAAGCACCAUGGAUCAACCAACCGGAGAGAUCGCCGAGUCCCUUCACCUAAUCACGUCCCUACAAUCUCAGCUCGAGUCUCUCCAAAUCAGAGUCAAGGAGUUAGAGUCCGACAAUGCCAGACUAUCGUCUCUCGUAUCCAAUUGCUGCUGUCACAAGGCUGAGGAAAAUAUUCUUGCUCGUGUUUCGGGUAGUUUUGGUUUAGUUGAUGAAAGAGGAAGUUCAAAUUCCAAUGGUGGUAAGAGCAGAAAAAAGAAGGAAAAUCAGACAGUGCCAGAUGAUAAGGUGAGGACUGGACAUCAGUACUCCAAAAGAUAUGUUGCUCUUAAAGUAAUGUAUUUUGGUCAGAGGUUUUUUGGUUUUGCUUCAGAGGCUCAAAUGGAUCCAACUGUCGAGUCUGAAAUUUUCAAAGCUCUGUACAAAACCAGGCUCAUUAAUGGCGACAAGAAGAACUUACAAUACUCAAGAUGUGGCAGAACAGACAAGGGAGUAUCCUCUGUCGGGCAAGUGAUUUCUUUGUUUUUGCGAUCAAACCAUAAGAAACCAGAGCAGAGCAAUGGAUGUUCGGGGGAAUUUGUGCCCGAGGAACCAUAUGGAGGAGAAAUAGACUACGUGAAAAUACUGAAUAAAGUUCUUCCUAAAGAUAUUCGAGUUAUGGGCUGGUGUCCUGCUCCAACUGAGUUCAGUGCAAGGUUUAGCUGUUUGAGCAGGGAGUAUAAAUAUUUUUUCUGGAACAGAGAUCUGAAUGUAGUGGCAAUGGAGAAUGCAGGUAAGAAAUUUGUAGGGGAACAUGACUUCAGAAACUUCUGCAAGAUGGAUGCAGCGAAUGUGCACAACUAUAGGAGGCAUAUCACAGAGUUCGAAAUAUUUCCUUGCAAUGAAAGGUUUGAAGGUGAUCAGCUUUGGGCAGUGAAAAUCAAAGGUACUGCUUUUCUGUGGCACCAGGUCCGGUGCAUGGUUGCUGUACUCUUUUUGAUUGGCCAAGGUCUUGAAUCUCCUAAUGUGGUUGAUGCCUUGCUGGAUGUUGAUAGGACACCAAGGAAACCUCAGUACAGGAUUGCUCCAGAGAUUCCCUUGGUGCUUCAGUCAUGCAAAUUUGAAGGUCUCAGAUUUAUGUGCUCGUCAGAUGCCAGGCAAGCUCUGCAUGCACACUUGGAGAUGGAGUGCCGAAGUUACAAACUUCAAUCUGCAAUCUUUCACGAGGCUCUGCUAAGCUGUUCAUUGGUGGAAAAUGAUGACAGUGUGUUGACUGGUAAAACAAGAAAGAAAGCAGCUUCCCAUGUUCCCCUCAUGUCCCGGCCAACUGAGCCAUCUUACGAGGAACGGUGUAUAAAGUUGAAUUCAAGAGCAGAAGAGUAAAGGCUUAUCAACUGGCCAAGAGCAGGACUUGUUCAAACAAAGCACGUUCCUAGAUGUGAUGUUUUCUGUGCAUCGCUAAUUUAUUGUAAUAGUUCUGCUAAUUGUAAUGUUUCUGUGUGGAUUCCUAACAUCAGUGAUGUAUUUUUUAAGGUUUUAGGUUUUUUGUUAAAUGAAGUUUUAUUUUUUCCCAUUAUGUGAUGUUCACUUGAGUCAUCUUUCAGGUAGAUUUUGGGCAGCUCUGUUUCAUAUGUAAGCUGAUCUCAACCUGCAGUUUGAUCAUUUUAAUCUUUUAUAAUUUCUCGUGGUA